AAAUAAAACUGUUUCCUUCACUCCACUCCUCAUUUCUGCGGCGUCUCGACCCCGCAUUUCCUUCUUAAUAAUUUUUACUAAUAUUCUUAUGGAUAUUUAUCUUAAUUAAUUUCCUUCUAAUAUUAUUCUGCUCCUCUGGUAUGUUGGAAAUCAUUCUCUUUUUUCUUUUUCUUUUUUUAAAGAAUGAGAGUCUGCUUGCCAUUAAUCGACAAUUUGGGUUUUCUAAUCUGAACUUUUUGCUGUUAAUCCAUUGGUUAUCUUGAUGCCAUUGGGACUUUACUUGAUCUCUUUUGGGGUAAAAUCUUGCUGAUCUAUUUGAUUUUUUUGGCUGCAAAUCCAUUAGUUAAAACUAAAAGAAAGUAAAAAUAUUUAGUUAUUAUUGAAUCUGGGUUUUGCAUUUUGUUGCUAACUAACUAAACUUCAUUAUCUAUUUUUUGUUCUAUGAUUGGUCAUUUCAGGAGGAAGCACAAUUUGGGGUUAAGAGAUUUUAUCUACAUUUGAAAAAAUGAUUACAUAUGAGCAAGAGCAUGAUUUUGUUAACUGGGGUUUGCAACUAUUUAAUAGUGACCCUUAUGCUAAUUGUGGAUAUGGCGGCGUGCUAACUCAAGAAGAUGGGGAGUAUUACCCUGGAUAUUAUUUCAAGGAGGAUCAUUACGACGCUGGAGGAUGUUGCGACGUAGAAAAUGAUGAGGCUAUUGCUCGUACUCUUCAACUUCAAGAACUGUCACAACUUGCAGUUGUGGGAUCUCCAAACCAAGGGGAGGAAGAAGAAGAAGCGGAGGAGGAAAAAGAACUGCAAUUGCAAAUGUCUGGCUAUCCACAAGAUUGUACCAAUCAGUCUGUUGGGGACUUCGGUUCUGGGCAGGAUUGUGGUAAAGAAGAGCAAGAUGAUACAGCACCUUCCAGUUCAUGUUCUAGCCCUGAAGAAAAGUUGUUAUGCGUGGAGGAUUGGUCAUAUUCGUUGGAGCUAACAGAUGAGUAUGCUCUUGAUGGUGAAGUGGGGAAAAAGCUGAAUCAAAUGGUUCCUGUUCCUCAUGUUCCAAGAAUCAAUGGUGAAAUACCCUCGGUUGAUGAAGCAACUUUAGAUCAUCAAAGGCUACUGGAAAGAUUGCAGGUCUAUAAUUUGGUGGAGCUUAAAGUUGAAGGAGAUGGUAAUUGUCAGUUCCGUGCUCUAUCUGAUCAAUUGUAUCUAACUCCUGAAAAUCAUGAAGUUGUGAGAAAGCAAGUUGUAAAUCAGCUUAAGUCUUAUCCAGAUAUGUAUGAGGGGUAUGUUCCCAUGGCAUAUGGUGACUAUCUGGAGAAGAUGUCCAAGAGUGGUGAAUGGGGUGAUCAUGUCACUUUGCAGGCUGCUGCAGAUUUGUAUGGUGUUAAAAUAUUUGUCAUAACAUCUUUCAAGGACACUUGCUACAUCGAGAUUCUUCCAAAUGUCCAAAGGUCAAAAGGAGUUAUUUUUUUGAGCUUUUGGGCAGAGGUGCACUACAACUCAAUAUACCCAUUUGGAGGUAAAUAUCCGCCCUUGGAAUUAUUUCUUAUGUAUACAUUUUUUCUGAAGAAUAUUGGAAGUGCAUUGGUUUAUUGUAUUGAAUGCAGCUAAGACUGUGCUAUAAAUUCUAAGGCUGCUUCAGAUUUAGGUCAAGUUGACCUUUUUUACUUACUGGUGGUGAAUUUGGGUUGGCCAGUUAUUUUUCUAUCUCUAAAACAUUUUCAGUCAGUAUUUGAUGGAAAGAUUACCCUGUGUAUGUCUUAAAUUGUCCAAGUUUUGAAAAUCAAUAACUUGCUUAGAGACAUGGAAUUAUAUUCCAUAUGCUCUGUUUAGGCGUCAUAAUUGCCAUGCUUUGAACUCUUUCUAGCUAAGAGAUUCCAUAUAGUAGUUCUGGAAACUGGAUCACUCAAAUAGAGUUUUCGUUAGUGCUUCUUUCUAUUGAGUGGUGAAGCGCAGUUUCUAUUGCACCUCAGAUGCACUGACGAUGGCUGUCAUUGUAUUUAGAUAAUUUUCUGACAAUUUAAGAUCUUUUUAAGUUUCUGGUUUGAGGGGAUGUUAGGUGCAUAAUAUGAUUUGCUAGGUGGGUUUCAGAUGACAGUUCCUUCAUCUGUGGAUUGUUUUGUUGGAUUUUGUGCAUAAAGUUGCACAGUUUCGAUAAGGAUUCUAGUCAAGGCAUAUGUGCUUUUAUGUUGCCUUUUAACUAAACCAAGGGUGAAGGAGCAUUUCAGGAAUGGAAAGGUGUAUGCGGGAGGAUGGAACUAUUUUGGAAGCACUGAAGAAACAGUCAUUUAACAUAUUGUGAAACUGUGAAUCAGUCGUUUUUUUAAAAUCUGUCUGUAUGUUGUUG